AUGGGCAACCACUGUUGUAUAAUAGGAUGUUUAGACCAAGGAUCUUUAGCUUAUACCAAUGGUAACAAUUGUAUAGCAAAUGGUGAUCCAAAUGAAAUGAUUGAUGGUAGUGGUAGCGGUGGUACGACGAUGAAUCAAAUGGAUCAAACAACAAAUCAACGUUGUAUACGGCCAUUUACAAUAAGUCGAAUAUCAUCGAUACAAUUACCAGCUGAUUCACGUUUAUAUCGUGAUCAAACAUUAUUAAAAACAGAUAAUGGCCUUGAUAUUGUAAAGAAACACAUAUCAUUGAAUUCAUUGCAAUCAUUUAUACAGAAUGAAUUAUCAACCGAUCUAGUAAUCAGAACUACAAUUGAUCAUUCAAAUAUCGAAACAAAUAAAGUGAUACAAAAUUUUUAUAUUACAAGUUUUGGUGGACUGUCAUUGAAAACAUUGAAAACAAAUCAUAUUAAUCUAUUAUUGAAUGCUACCAUUGAUUUACCGAUUUUACAGCAACAAUCGCAACAACAAUUAAUGAUGGAAACAUUGCGUAUACCAAUUAGUACAAAAGAACCAAGAACAUUAAAAUUAUACAUGAAUGAUGUAGCGGAUAAGAUACAUGAAAAUUAUCUAAAAAAUGGCAAUACAUUAAUCUAUUGUUAUGAUGGUUCAUUGAAUUCGGUUGUAUUGGCGAUAGGUUAUCUAAUUAAAUAUACUGAUCUUUGGCUAUCCGAGGCAAUACUGCAUAUGAAAUAUACUCGCAAAGGUUUCGAAACACGAGCAGCGAAUGAUUGUGGCAAUGAAUUGGGAACAUUUAAAAAAAUUAUCUAUAAAUUUGCACAAAAACAUGGUAAAAACGAUUUACUCGAUUUAUCAAUUACUAAAUCGACGACAUUCUGAGAUGAUGAUGGUGUGUG